AAUUAAUGGAGAAAUCAAGAAAUUGGUAUCGUGUCGCGUUAAGGACCUAUUUAUGUAUGAUCAGAGCUGAAGAAAGAACACCGCCUUGACUGGUUCAUGCCAAAGGCUUCUCUUGGUUAGGCUGAAACCAAUCAAUCCUGUUUUUGGUUUAGGAGCGCCCAUUCUUGGGAGUUAUGAUUCUAUCAGCACUUUUAACAUCAGUGGGAAUCAAUCUCGGGCUUUGUUUUCUGUUUUUCACUUUGUAUUCAAUAUUGAGAAAGCAGCCUGGUAAUGUCACUGUCUACGGUCCACGGCUUAUUCAACAAGGCAAAUCUCAACAGUCCAAUGCAUUCAACCUCGAGAGGCUUUUGCCUACAGCAGGUUGGGUCAAAAGAGCAUUGGAACCUACCAAUGAAGAAAUCCUCUCGAAUCUUGGCUUAGAUGCUUUGGUCUUCACUCGUGUUUUCGUCUUCAGUAUACGAGUAUUUAGCUUUGCUUCUGUGGUUGGAAUCUUCAUCCUUCUUCCGGUAAAUUAUAUGGGUACUGAGUUUGAAGAGUUUUUCGACCUGCCAAAGAAGUCUCUAGAUUCCUUCAGCAUUUCUAACGUUAACGAUGGAUCAAAUAAGAUGUGGAUCCAUUUUUGUGCAAUAUACAUCUUCACGGCAGUUGUUUGCUCUCUGCUUUACUAUGAGCACAAGUACAUUUCAUCAAAGCGGAUUGCUCAUCUUUAUUCAUCCAAGCCUCAGCCACAAGAAUUUACGGUUCUGGUCAGUGGAGUCCCUAUUGUGUCUGGAAACAGUAUAAGUGAAACAGUGGAGAGGUUUUUCAGGGAGUAUCAUUCUUCCACGUAUCUUUCUCAUGUAGUGGUUCAUCGGACAGACAAGUUAAAGAUUCUCAUGAAUGAUGCUGAGAAGCUAUACAAGAAACUUACUCGAGUAAAAUCCGGAAGCAUAUCUCGCCAAAAGUCUAGGCGGGACGGGUUUUUAGGGAUAUUUGGGAGGAAAGUUGAUGUGGUUGACCAUUACGAACAAAAGCUCGAGAAGUUAGAAAAUGACAUGAGAUUGAAACAGUCUUUAUUAGCAGGAGAGGAAGUCCCAGCCGCUUUCGUUUCCUUUAGGACAAGACAUGGUGCUGCAAUAGCAUUAAACAUUCAGCAAGGAAUAGAUCCUACACAAUGGCUAACUGAGACAGCCCCGGAGCCUAAAGAUGUUCACUGGCCAUUUUUCACCGCAUCGUUUGUGAGAAGAUGGAUCUCCAAUGUGGUGGUAUUCGUGGCUUUUGUAGCUCUGAUAAUCCUAUACAUUGUGCCUGUUGUAUUGGUUCAAGGUCUUGCUAAUCUUCACCAGUUAGAAACAUGGUUCCCUUUUCUGAAAAGCAUACUAAAUAUGAAAGUUGUGAGUCAAGUGAUUACAGGAUAUCUUCCGAGUCUAAUUUUCCAGCUUUUCCUUUAUAUAGUACCACCCAUUAUGCUUCUACUUUCCUCAAUGCAAGGAUUCAUUUCUCAUAGCCAGAUCGAGAAAUCUGCAUGUAUCAAGCUUCUAAUCUUUACCGUAUGGAACAGUUUCUUUGCAAAUGUACUGUCCGGAUCUGCUCUUUACCGCGUUAAUGUGUUCCUUGAACCGAAGAAUAUUCCUCGUGUGCUUGCUGCAGCUGUGCCAGCACAGGCAUCGUUCUUUAUAUCUUAUGUUGUGACCUCUGGAUGGACUGGUUUAUCAUCAGAGGUCUUCCGUUUGGUUCCUCUUCUCUGGAGUUUUAUGACAAAGCUUUUCUGCAAGGAAGAUGAAAAAGAAUUUGAGGUCCCUUCGACUCCCUUCUGCCAAGAAAUACCAAAGAUUCUCUUUUUUGGACUUCUCGGUACAACUUACUUCUUCCUUUCGCCACUGAUACUGCCGUUUUUGUUGGUCUACUUUUGUCUUGGAUAUGUCAUCUACCGCAACCAGCUCCUAAACGUAUAUGAGGCUAAGUAUGAAACCGGUGGAAAAUUUUGGCCAAUAGUACACAGCUCAACUAUCUUCUCUUUGGUACUAAUGCACAUUAUUGCAGUCGGAUUAUUCGGGCUUAAAGAGCUUCCAUUGGCAUCUUCUUUAACAAUUCCCCUCCCGAUUCUCACUGUCCUUUUCAGCAUUUACUGCCAGAGACGUUUCUUACCAAAUUUUAAAACUUAUCCUACCGAGUGUCUGGUAAACAAAGACAGAGCAGACGAGAGUGACCAAAACAUGUCUGAAUUCUAUUCGAAACUCGUUGUUGCUUAUCGUGAUCCUGCGCUUUCUCCAUCGCAAUACUCACGGGACAUUUCACCUGAAGAUCGUCCACUUCUUCAUUCAAAUCGCGCCUGAGAAAAAACCUACUCAAAGAACUUUAACUCUUUUGCUUGAGCUUUUGAAGUUUGCUUGUUAUAUGUUGAAGCAAUGCUAUACCCGGUUUGACCCUUUAACGACCCUACUAAACGGGUUGUCUUGUACAUUGGCGCUUAACCGCGAAUCAAACCGGUUUUGUAUUAUAUUUAUUUACAGUUGUGAGAAAGGAAAAAAAAUGAAUGCAUUCAAAAUUGUUGUCAUUA